AUCUAGUUGUUUUGGUGCUUGUGAUCUUCGUGAUGAAUACGACUUUUGCUAUGACUUGUUCUUCUUCAUUUGUUUUAGGAUCUAGAUCGAUGACGAUCCACGGGUCGAGGCCGGAGGGAUCAGGUCGGAUGACAUCUGACAGGGGAAAAAAGAAAAGAAAAAAGAAAGACAUGCAACCCUCCCUUUGUUCCCUCAUUUUCAAAAGGGGGAAAAGGGCGAACAAAAAAAGAAAGGACAAGAAAAAAGACAAUGAGAAAGAAAAACAAAUGAAGAAAAAUGACAACAACAAAAUGAAACGAAAACACCACCAACGUCAGCCAAGGAUCGACAGUCGGAACGGGCUGGUGACUCCACAAUAAUAGAGCGAGCGCUUGGAGGAAAAGCGGGAAUCCAUCGUCGGCUUAGUUCUACAUGGUCGUAUGGAAAUUGGACUCAGAGAAGGCAACCCCCUGCCACCUUUCACAAGGCCACCAGACGCCAGUGUCGAGGGUGUGUCGACUCAAGCUAAUGUGCGAGGAGCAGUAGGUUUCAAUGGCACUAUACGAAUCAGGGCAGUCGCCACUCUACUUGGCUUGGCUUGAUGACGACCUUCGGGCAUAUAUCUCAAUGCAGUGAACCAACGAAAACGGAAAUAAAAAAGAAAAGAAAGAAAGAAAGAAA